AUGCUUUCUUCAAAGGCUUUCUUAAGCUAUAUCGCCCUUGCUACUGUUGUCUGUGCCGCCCCGGUUUUGAACGAACGAGCCAUCAGCGUUGGAAUUAUAGGAAACGAAGCCAUCGUGGAAGGCUUCAACGAAGACCUCAUGCACAAGACGAGUCGACGCUCAGGUAUCUACGCGGGUAUCAUCGGAAAUGAAGCCAUUGUAGAAGGCUUCAACGAAGAUCUCAUACGCAAGAAGAGGCAGCAUGUGGGUAUAAUUGGGAAUGAAGCAAUUGUUGAGGGAUUCAAUGAAGAUUUGAUUCGAAAAGAAUAA